UAUUAAUAGCCAAAUAUGAGUCUUAAUCAAGGUGAAAAAUCACAACAUAAGUCCAUUAAAGAAGGACCAUCUGGUUGCAAAUUCAAAUUAGUUCGUGGCACAGAUAUCAGAAGGCUUAAGAACCCUGUCAAUGAUAUGAACCAGCUCAAGCAGAGUGUUGAGAAAUCGUAUGGAGCUAGUCUCAGUUCUGAAAGACUCAAAUACUACUACUAUGACUCUGACGAUGACCGUAUUGACAUCUCAGAUGAUGAAGAACUUGAAGAAGCUAUGAACCAUUGCAAGUCUAAAUGUCUGAAGAUAUACGUCCAGAACUACGACAUCUCCAAAGACCCGUUCUUCCAAUCUCUUGAGCCUUCUAAGAGCGAUGGGAACACAGGCCCAAGUACAGAGAAUCGGAAAGGUGAUCGCAAGAUGUCAGACUUUGCCUUUUCGGCAAAAAGUUGCGAGUUCGAGAGCUUAAGCUCAUCCGCUGCCAACAGAAAACACUCAAACUUUGAAGAGUAUAAGCGAGCAUUUGAUUCUAUCCAAAAUACCAUUUCUUGCGAAGAAGACUCCGAAGAAGAAUCAGAUUCCUUUGCUAGACUUGAAACAUCAGAAUGAAAGGAAACGGGCACCCAAGAGGUCAAAUCUGAUGACUUGACUAUCAAAAAUACACAAGAUUUAUCUACCAGCUAUCAGUCAAACAAAGUACCACAAAGGAAGAACACUGAAACUGAGGAACAUCACGCUAAACUAGAAGAAGAUAAGAAGGAUUUCCGCUCAAAUUCUUUGCCAAGGAGCUCUCAUCCCACAAAGCUAGACGCCUUCGAGCUUGCCGACUGAACGGUCCCUCGGAUCAGCAAGGAGCUGCAACAGCACCUCCAAUCUGAAGAGUUCAGGCAGCUCAAGAACGAUUGGCAGUUCCAGGUGAAGGCUGAAAAAUGAUUUGAUAAAGAAGACAACCGAAGAAGAUACACUGGCCUUGAUAAAGUUUAUUCCAAGAUCAGAGUUGCCUCCGGAAACCAAGAAGAAAGAGCCAAACUAGCUAUUGUCGAAGAAUCUGAUACAAAAUUUAGCAACGAUGAUGUGAUCCUUUGCAAAAAGGGAUCCCUUAUUUCUAAAUCAUGGAUCGUCAAAAAUGUCGGAUGAACCCUUUGGCCCAAGAAUGUGAGACUCAAGGCCCAAGAUAAAUACAAAAAUCUUGUGGUACCAAUGAUACUCGAUCGUCUCAACCCUGGCGACAAGAUGAUACUUACUGUAAACUACCAGAUCCCUGAGUAUUUCGAAGAGGAGAAUGAUGUUCAUUAUAUCACACUCAAUCUGUACAGCAAAGGGUUUGGUGAUUUCGGUAUGAAACUCAUCCUCUCCUUCAACGUUGAUGAUGACCUCUUCGAUCUUAAGUGUAAAGUAGAGGGCAAGCAGAAGUACAUCGAGAGGGUAAAAAUGACUAAUUUAUAAGCAAUAAUUUCAUCAAUCCUUUCAU